GCAUGUUUCAUAGGAAUCAGAUCCAACAAUUAUCAUAUGUUCUCGCACGAUCAUCGAGACAAAGCAGGUUGGUUCGACAGAACAGUGCCACUAAUAAUAUCCAUUUAAAGCAUUUAAAGGUACCUCAAUAAACGCAAGGGCUGUGGAUCUAUCCUAGAAAGUUUUCUGCACCAAGCUACGUGCAAGGGACUGACUGAGUCACUACAGCUUUUGUGCCUUGUCCUUCGUUGACAUUUUACUCAACAAAGGUGCUCAAAUUGGCAUCCGCGUCAGAUUUGUUUCUAUAACACCACACGAAUAGCCCAUAACUGGGGGGGAUACCUAGCAAACCCGGUAGAUAUCUGAGCUUGAUCUGAACAGCUUUUCAUUGAAAUUGGACAACAAGUAAAAUGUCGAACGGAGCGAACUUGGUGCCUGCCCAGGCCGUCUUUGACGAUACUAGAGUCCUGGGCCAGGACCCUCUUCUCCCUCCUCAGAUCUUGAUGGAGGAGAUCCCAAUCACCAAAGCCGCUCUCGAGACAGUCGUUCGCGGCCGCCAGGAAGCGGUCGCUUGCGUUAUUGGCCACGACGAUCGUCUCCUCGUCAUCGUGGGACCUUGCUCGAUCCAUGACCCGGUGACCGCCCUCGAAUACUGCCAGCGUCUCAAAGUCGUGGCCGACAAGCUCUCUAAUGACCUCUGCAUCGUCAUGCGCGCCUACCUCGAAAAGCCCAGGACCACGGUGGGCUGGAAGGGUCUGAUCAACGACCCCGAUAUCGACCAGACUUUCAAAAUCAACAAGGGACUGCGCAUUUCGCGCCAGAUUUUCUGCGAUCUGACCUCGGCCGGUAUGCCCAUCGCCAGCGAGAUGCUCGAUACCAUUUCUCCUCAGUUCCUGGCCGAUUUGAUCUCGGUUGGUGCUAUUGGUGCCCGCACGACUGAAAGCCAAUUGCACCGAGAGUUGGCAUCCGGUCUUUCGUUCCCUGUGGGAUUCAAGAACGGAACUGACGGUAACCUCGGUGUCGCGAUUGACGCCAUCGGAGCUGCCGCCUCGAAGCAUUCAUUCAUGGGUGUGACCAAGCAGGGUCUUGCUGCCAUCACCCGGACGGCGGGCAACCAGCACGGUUUCGUCAUCCUGAGGGGUGGUACUAAGGGUCCCAACUUUGACAAGGCUAGCGUUCAGGCUGCCAAGGAGACUCUGAUUAAGAAGGGUCAGAAGCAGGCCAUUAUGAUCGACUGCUCGCAUGGCAACUCCAACAAGGACCACCGCAACCAACCCAAGGUUGCCAAGGCCAUUGGUGACCAGCUGCGCGAGGGCGAGAGGUCUAUCAUUGGCGUCAUGAUCGAGUCCAACAUCAACGAGGGCAACCAGAAGGUGCCACCCGAGGGCCCCUCUGGUCUCAAGAAGGGUGUCAGCAUCACCGACGCCUGCAUCGACUGGGACAGCACAGUUGCGGUCCUAGAGGAUCUGGCCGAUGCCGUUAGAGUGCGGAGGAGUCUCUACCCCCAGGACCGUAACGGACACAAGGAGGACAGACUAGCAACCCCCCUGGAGGAGGACUAAGCUAGCAUCUUGCUUCCGCCUGACGACAAGAGUGCAAAUAUGAAGUCAGUCCAGCGAUAGGUUGAUGCAGUAUUUUCUAGAGAAUAUGUGAAGUAAUCACUAGAAUGGGUACUGCAAUGGUGAUAGACAAAAAAUAAUUGGGGGUGGGGAAGGAAUGAAGGAAUGAAGGAAUGAAGAAUGAGGUCAAAAAAUAGUUUGAAACUAGAGGGCCUGGGAUAAGUGAAAAAGGAAGGGGCGAGUGCUUAGUAUCAAUAAAAGAACGAAUUAACUGCUUGGGGCUCUGCGUGGAGAUAAAACAUUGGUAUCGGUCUGUAUCGGCUUACAAGGGGUAA